AUCCAUUCCUAUUUCCUACUUCUCUGAGUUAUUUCAUUGAAGCGCACUCAACGUUCUCCACUGAAGCGUUCUCCGUUGAAUCUAAUUCUUGUAUCCCCCAUUGAAGCAGCUUCUAAGGGCGGCCGCCCCUCCUGCCCUGCCUCAGGGACAGGCCUGCUACAGUAUUUGAUUGAGAGGGAUCCUUUCGUCAAUGGCUCAAAUUCCUAAUUUAGAUAAUGCUGCAAUUAAUCUAGCUUCUCUCAGAGAACAGUCACAGAAGGAGUUGUUAACGAUUAUUAAAAAUAUUCGUGGAAAAAAAUGUCUUGUCAUUGAUCCAAAAGUCAGUGGCUCUCUUUCACUUAUUGUCCAGACUGCACUUCUUAAGGAACAUGGGGUAGAAUUGCGACAUCUGUCAGCUGAACCUCUACAAACUGAAUGCACGAAAGUGGUGUACCUUGUGUGUAAUCAACUUGAAAUGAUGAGACAUAUAUCCCUGCAUAUUCAUGACAACACAUCAAAGGGAUUACAAAGGGAAUACUAUCUUUACUUUGUUCCUCGGCGUUCUGUGGCAUGCGAACAGAUACUGAAAGAGGAAAAAGUACAUGAUUUAUUGACUAUUGGAGAAUACCCAUUAUACAUGGUUCCACUUGAUGAGGAUGUGAUAUCUUUUGAACUUGAUUUUGCAUACAAGGAGUGCCUAGCUGAUGCUGAUACAAGCUCUCUUUGGCAUAUUGCAAAAGCCAUUCAUAGGCUUGAGUUUUCAUUUGGUUUGAUAUCAAAUGUGAGGGCGAAAGGCAAGGCUUCAGUCCGUAUUGCAGAGAUUUUGGAUAGAAUGCAGACAGAAGAGCCAGUCAACAUAGAUGAUGCGGUACCAGAUAUAAGUACACUGAUCUUGCUAGAUAGAGAGGUGGACAUGGUAACUCCAAUGUGUACCCAGUUAACUUAUGAAGGCUUGUUGGAUGAGUUGCUACAUGUGAAUAAUGGGGCUGUGGAGCUUGAUGCAUCUAUUAUGGGUGCCCAAGAGGGAAAAAAGGUCAAAGUACCGCUAAAUUCAAGUGACAAGCUUUUUAAGGAGACUCGGGACCUCAAUUUUGAAGUAGUUGUCCAGGUCUUACGUCAAAAAGCAACAUCCAUGAAACAAGACUAUACUGAUAUAACAACCACUAACCAAACAGUAUCCGAACUGAAGGACUUCGUCAAGAAGCUUAACUCCUUGCCAGAGAUGACUAGGCACAUAAAUCUUGCUCAACAUUUGUCCACAUUGACAUCCAAGCCAUCAUUUCUUGGGCGUCUUGACAUGGAACAUACUAUUGUGGAAUCUGAGAGCUAUGACAUAUCUUUCGAGUUUAUUGAAGAAAUGAUUCACAAGCAGGAACCUCUUGCCAGUGUCCUCCGACUUCUCAUCUUGUUUUCUGUUACAAAUUCAGGAUUGCCCAAGAGACAAUUUGACUAUCUGAGGAGAGAAAUACUUCAUAGCUAUGGAUUUGAGCACAUGGCCACACUGAAUAAUCUGGAAAAGGCUGGGUUUUUUAGAAAACAGGAAAUGAGAAGCAACUGGUUGACUGUAAAACGAGCUAUGCGUCUUGUAGUUGAGGAUAUAUACACACGCAACCCCAACGAUAUUUCUUAUGUCUUCUCUGGAUAUGCACCACUUAGUAUACGUCUGAUCCAGCAAGCAAUUAGAUCUGGAUGGCGUUCCAUUGAAGAAAUAUUGAAGUUGCUACCUGGACCACACUUGGAAACAAAAAGAGGGGCAUUAUCUAGGGGCUCAUCAGUGGAGUCACUGUCAGGAGGAUCAGCUAAUGUUGACAAAGCGGCAUCUGGAAGACGCUCUGUAGUACUUGUGGUUUUUGUUGGUGGGGUGACAUUUGCUGAGAUAUCUGCACUUCGCUUUCUCAGUUCUCAGGAACUGAUGGCAUAUGAUAUAAUCGUUGCCACGACAAAGGUAAUCAAUGGCCAGACUUUACUAGAUCCAUUUGUGGAAAGACUUUCUUAGAGUUAUCUGCUAUUUGACGAGGCUGAAAGAUGCGAGUCACCUUGAUUGUGAUCAGUUUCUUGUAAUGAUUCUCUAGUUGCAAUACUUUGUUUUUCAAGCUUCGUAAAUUUUGUUGAGUGUACUCUAAAACUUUACUGUAAAUGGGAUAUUGUUAUGUUGGUUUUCAUUCCAUUUCCAGUGUAAAUCAACUAGAAGUCGGACCCUUCUAUCUGACUAUAGGCUCUUGUUGAGAACUGUCAUGAUUUGUAAGAAGAAUAAUUUGUCUCAAGUAUAUACAUUCAAUACUAACACUUCUAAUCGACAAGGAUAAUGCGUUUACGCCC